AUGGGGUAUGAAGGUGCAAGGACUGCUGAAACCCUUGCUGAAUUUGUUAACAGUGAAGGAGGUACCAAUGUCAAGAUUGCUUCCACCCCUUCAAAUGUUGUGGUUCUGACUCCUGCUAACUUCCAUGAGGUUGUACAUGAUGAGAAGAAGGGUGUUCCAGUUGAGUUCUAUGCACCCUGGUGUGGUCAUUGCAAGAGCCUUGCUCCUAUAAGUGCAAUCUAUGAAAAGGUUGCAACAGCAUUUUAUCUGGAGGAAGAUGUGGUCAUCGCUAUUCUUGAUGCUGAUGCACACAAAGAUCUUGCUGAAAAGUAUGGUAUUAGCAGUUUUCCUACAUUGAAGUUCUUCCCUAAGAACAACAAGGCUGAUGAAGAUUAUGAUGAUGGGAGAGAUUUAGAAGAUUUUGUUACUUUCAUUAAUGAGAAGUGCGGAACUGAUGUGAAUACAGGAAGCGCCAAACCAAUAGAAGGAACGAAGGCAUCCAAUGAACCACACGGAGCUGGGGUCCGUUUCAAACAUCAAUAUACCUAUCAAUAUCGUGUCCAAAUGGUCUUCUAA